GUAGAUACAUCAUUUUCUAACCCUAGUAACCCUAGCUGUCUUCAAUUAAAAUUUAAAAAAAUGUUUUUUUCCAGAAUAUUUAAGUUAAAUUCAUUAAAAGCUGUGGGUGAUCUGGGUCCAAUAAUUAAAAAAUGUCUGUGUACUCAACAACAAAUACCAAGGGUACAUUGUAUACCCGCUCUAAAUUCUUGGAUUUACCAACAAAAUGAUAAAAUAAUAUCUCCUAGAAAUAUUAGUAAAAAGAUUGAAUUGCCCAAUGGUCUUACAUGGGUACCACCACUGAUUGACCCCAUUAAAAUACCAAGAGAGAUCAUAGCCCCAUCAACAGAAACAGCUGAUACCCCUAAAGAAGCUGUUAGAAUGAUUGUUAUUAGAAGGAAGAAAAUGAAAAGGCAUAAAUUGAGAAAGUUGAAAAAGAAGAUGAAAUUUGAGUGGGCAAAACUUAAACAAAAAAGGGAACUAAGAAAAGAGAAAGCUUUUCAAGCAGUCCUUAUUCAGCAGUGCAAAGAAGCCGAAUCCUUCUCUGCUGAUGACUACGUGAAACAGAAAUUAGAUAAACUACAUGAAAUCGUAAUUCCAAGAUACUGGAAAGGAAAACGAUAUCCAGAGUUUUUGAUUAGACAGAAAAUGGGUUUGCCCCCCAAGUAAAAUUUGUUAGUUUAACCUUUUGAAAUAUAUUUGAAUUUUAUUUUAAAGAAUUUGUUUAAUUCAGUGUUUUUUCAGAAAUUUCAAAUAAACUUACCUACUUGCGUCAACUACAAACUUAAUGCUAGGAAGACUGUUUUUUUUUUUAAGGAAAUCUAGGAUUAAGGGGAAGUGACUAUGAGGUUGAUAUGGAAAAUAAGUAGGUUCUUACCAAAUAAUAUUCUCAGGGCCAUAUUCUCCGUAGUUCAUAAAGCCUGGCUUAGUGAAAAAAACUCGGCUUUGUCACACAAAAAGCCAAGCGUUUCCACUAAGCCAGGCUUUAUGAACUAUGGAGAAUAUGGCCCUAAAUGGUCAUAAUAAAAUACCUAUGAGUAAUGUCCAACUAUUGUAAUGUUACCCACAGCUAGCCACAAAAAAAAAAUAUAUUUUUGUUUUGUCUCUAAAAUUUGAUAGUAAACUCAUUUUUUGUCCUCUCAACCCUCUUGAACUUGGGGAUACCAAGUUUACCCUGAACAGAAACCUACAUAUCCCGGGAUUAGUAAAUGUUUGGGUUAGAGAAGGCACCGGUCCUACAAUAACUUUAUUUAAAUACUGUUUGAUUGGGUACAUAACAUGAAUUGAUACUCUUGUAGUCUAAUAUAGAAACAGUCCAAUAAUAAUGUAGAAGUUUUACCUAGGUGACUGAACACCUGUAUGCGCAAUGAGAUUUAACACUAAAUUCAUAACUUAUGCUAAAAAAAAAAAAAAAAUAUUGUUGCAUAUUUAAAAUUUUAGAGCCAAAUCGGAUCAAAAAUUGAAGCAUUGAAAUUGUAUGAGAAGUUGAUGUGUCAAUUCGCUCAUACAGCUUGUUAUUUACACUAUAAGAUAAAAUCUUUAGGAUAAAAGUAGGAAUUUAAAUUCUUGAGUUAAAAUACCCCUGCCCAAAGGGUUAGCCAUAGCUUAUUUGAGAGGCUUUGAUCCUCAUCAUUCCCACCAGGUUUGCAGUCACUAACUUUUGAAAUUAAUCAUAAUUAACUAAAAACACACACUUUCUUCAAAAUUUUGAAGUCAUAUCAAUUUUCUGACACAGAUUUUUUCCAUAAUAUGUAGUUACCUAGACACAUAUACAAGUGUUUGCGAUCAACAAAUUAUUAGGUCUAUUCAGGUUGAAUCAUCAUUUUUCCAUUGUAUUAUUUUCCUAAAUUAAUAAAUGAAAGAAGAUCCUUCUUCAUUUAUUAAUUUAGAAAAAUAUCUAAUACAAUAAAAUAUGAUACUUAUAUGUUUUAACCUAAAUAUAUUAAAAUAAAAAUAAGUUUCUAAUUGCGAAAAAUGGUUUUUGUUAAUCUCUGAUUUCAGCUAAGGAGAAAACAAUGAAGGAUAAUAAAACAACCUCUAAGUUUAAAGCAUUAUAAUUUUUGGUAAUUGUAGCGACUACAUAAUAAUUAAAUACCUACAAACUUAAUAGCAAUAGGGUUAUUAGUUAUAAAUUGACCACAAGCUAUAGAAAUAGCGUUGUAGCAAGCAUGGCCUCCUACACUAAAAAAAAAACGUCUGGUCAAUUUAAAGCCAAUAAAAAAAUUGUUGCUAAAAAAUAUCUUUGGAAAAACACAAGGUUUAUAUCUUCGUUAUUGUGUGAAUUUCCUUUAAACCUGUUUCUCUGAGUUGACGUGCUUUUGCUUAUGUUGUACUAUUGCACUAACAAGAGCUAAACAGCUCGAAACCGGUCAGCAAUUAGCGCCAGUACCCACCGAUCGAGAAAUCAGAUUUCUCCAUUAUUUAAAGCGAAACCACCAGUAUUGCAUAAAUUUGACGUUGUGAGAGCAAUACAAACUCAAAUUAGUAGUGGCGGUCUGUUGGAGCUUUGAUUAAACACUUGUGCUCUCCAAAGAUAUUUUCCAACAACUUUCUUUGAUUUGACACACUAUGUGUUCAUAAAAAAAGUUUUAGUCAACUGGGCUAGAUACAAAAUCAUUAUAUUAUUUAAAAAUAUAUAAGACAGCAGUAAAAAAUGUCAAAAAAAGAAAUAAGACUACUUAUAAAUGGCCUUCAUACUAUCAGUAGGUAAGUUAUGGUUAUGUACAAAGUAAUUUUCUAUAUUUUAUUCUUUGUCCCUCAUCUAGAGGAUUUAUUUUUUGAGUUGUGAAAUAAUUUAGCAUGUUUCAAACAUCAAAAGCUAGUCCCAGUCUCUUUUCAAGACGAUUUCCAAAAAACUGACCUUGUUAGGUGAGCUCUAAAUUGUAACUGACAAAAAUCAAGUUAAUUUUUUUGAAAAUCAUAUUUGACAACAAGAAAUUGAAACUGGGGAACCAACCUAAUAAUAUGAUAACAUGAUAAUGUAGCUGGUAGCAGCCAGUGUUCUAAAAUCAAUUCUGAUAGGCUUGGGUAAAUUACUAGGACAUUAUAGUAUACUUGUUUCUGGUUGUAACAUACAAUAACGAACCUACUAUUUAAUAGUGGGUAGAAUAUAAAAAAUGACCAAGUAUAUUAUUUUUAUGACUUGAAACACUGCAUUAAACGAGGAUUGAAAUGUCCAUCACGUCGCUCUUCUAUUAAUUUCAUAGAAAAUCUAUUGUAAGUUUCCCUGUACAAAAUACAAGCAGCGACGAAAUAUCGCUAGAGUAGCCCAAAAUAAUAAUAAUAGUUGUGUUGUUAGAUAUUAGGUUUGUAUUGGUUCGAAAAAAGUACGGUUCAAAACAAUUGCACAGUUUAUUAUUGAAAUUUGUGAUAGCCAAGCCGUUGUUAUUCUGUUGAUUGAUGAAAUAAAAAUUAUGUGACGCCCAUGUCAUUUAUUUGUUUGAUUUAUGCCGACUAGAUGUUUUUUUAGUGUUUCAAGUCAGAUUAAAAAUACUAUACCUGUACCUAUUAUUUAGAAUGUUAAGUUUCUAUUAUUAUAGUUAACAAUUUUAAAACAACAAUAAAAAAAAAUGUAUCAAUUCAUAAUUUAAAUAAACCAUAUCGAUUAAAACUACCAAAGGUGAAUUUUUAUUGUAAUGGUAGGAUUGAUUUAAGCUUGUUUUUGCAAGAAUAUCAAUUAUUUGCUCACAAUUAAUGAAUAAUUUUUGAAAGUUUUUUCAUCUGUGAUAUAAUUUACAGUGUGUUGGAUACAGACGUUUAAUUGAUGAUUGGGCAUCCCAUCCCGAUGCCUGCUGAUGUCGCUAUAAGCCGACGACGCAUACGUGGUUGAAGGGAUAAUGGAUGCCCUUAUACUUUGUUACUCACUCCGAUACCAACGGUAACCGCAGAAAGUUGCUGUUGGUCUUCACAACUAAAAAUUUAAAAUUGAUGAAAAACUUGACCGACAAGGUAAAAAUGAGACGGGUCUUGGUAGCUCAGUUCAAAGAGCUCUGCACUGGAUAUGCGAGAGUCCUGGGUUCAAAUCCUAGUCGAGGCAAGAAAAAAUUUCAACAAUUUCAAUUAAACGUCUGCAUGUCACUAAAAUUCAACACACUGUAAAUUAAUGAAUAAGUUGCAAUCCCUGUCCUAUAGAUGAAGGCAUGAAACAGUCAUGGAUAAAAUCAUCGAACGUUUCAAAAUUUUCUGAAUUUCUUUUGAAAAAAGAAUCGCAUAUUAUUAUGUAUAUAUUUUAUGCAGGGCACUAUUCUUUAAAAUUGAAUACUGCUAUUUACAAGAACAAUUGUGCAUUUUAGCUUCUCUAUAUAAAGAAGGAUAUAGACAAGAAUUUUUGGCAAGACGUCACAGGAGAAGUCGUUCUACAGUAUCAAAUAUUGUAAGAAGGUAUCAAGAGAAUUGUGAUAAAAAGUAUAUUUCGUCUUGGACAAGGGGAUAAAAGAUGCAUUCAGCAAUUAUUGUUAACCGUUACCUAUAUUUAUUUUCAAAUAUUAGUGGAAAAAAAUCGAUAUUUUUUUUCUACAACUUUAGAUGUACAUAUAUUAUGUAAGGGCAUUAUACAAUUAUUUUCCAUUACCGCCUAGAUGUGCAAAAGCCCUUUAUGGGUUAGUUCUACAUUAUAUUGUAAUAUAUUUUAUGCCUAAGUCUAAGCAGCAAUAAAUAAGUAAAACAUGAGAAGUAUAAUACAAAUUAACUUUUUUUUAAAUAAUUAUCAACAGUAAUAACCCCUUUAUUUGCAUAGUUUAGAUAGAACAAUUCUAUAUACAAUGGGAUUCUAUAUACCAGGUACACACCCAACAUUUAUUAUAAAAAAUAAGGAACACAAUUAGUUUGAAUGUUGCUCAUUAGAGGUAAAUUUUAAAAAAAUAAUAAAGUUUAUAGAAAAAAAUAUAACCAAAUAAAAUAACAUAAUCAAAUUAAAAUGUAUGCUCUAUCCUUCGAACACAAAGGGUAGUUUGGACGCUUUUUAAGGCAAACACGAACGUUUUUGAUGAGACCUUUAGCUAUACAGUGUGCGCCAUAAAGUUGGGUACAUAUGGGAAAAUUCUUAAUUAAUCCUUUUUUCAAAAAUUUUUUUUUGGGGAUCGUUAAGGCAUGUUCGAUAACCAAAAAAUCGAUUAUGACACAUGUCAUGUGAUUAUCGGUUUAGCGGGAAUUUUGAAAAAAGUUGAUAUUGAUGUCGAAAAACUGGUAAAUUUGGCAAGAUAUCAAAAAAUUUUAUAGGAAAAAGUUAUUCAGAAUCGAAAAAGAACUCCACUUGCCGAUUUUGAAGCAAAUCAGAGAAAAAAAAUAAAACUACCAUUAAAUGGAAAAUCGAAAACAUUAAUUUUAUUUCAAAAAUAGCUUUAUUCAACUAAACUACAUAAGUUUGAUAUCAAACGAAUCGAUUGUUUUGCGAAAUACAUACUUGAAGGUCAUAAAUUAGAAAAUACCGUCUGGUCCUGUCGCUAUAACUGUACCCAUGUCCCUUUUUGCACAUUUUCUGGUCAUCAGAAAAAUAACAUGACAUGUGUCAUAAUUGAUUUUUUGGUUAUCGAACAUGCCCUAACGAUCUCAAAAAAAAGUUUUUUUCAAAAAAGGAAUAAUUAAGAAUUUUCCCAUAUGUACCCAACUUUAUGGCGCACACUGUAUAUCUUAAGCGGCAAGAUAAUACGGUGACGACAUAAAGCCCUGCGUUAUCAAACAUCCUGCUAACUUGAAAUGUAUUUAGGGACCUGUCCUGUCAAAAGUACUUGUAAUUACAGCGUGUGAGUAAGCUUUCACACCCAAGUACCAUGCUGUGUGCGAAACCUGCCAUAUAUUUCUAAAAUAAGUAGGAUAUGCUUCUUCCUAGCAGCAAGUCGCAUGCUACUUUGGUGUGAAUGCUCACUAAGAGAACAUAUAUACGCGAAAACGAGGAAGAACAUGUGUAGGUCAGGUGAAUUACGGAUUUUUUUUUGGCAACUUGGAAAUUUUAUAAUUUUCAUAGAUGUCAAUGAUUUCUGUAGGGUACCAUGGUGAGACCUGCACUUACUCAAAUUACAUUAACUUUUAGUUUAUUGUUAAUCGAAGUUUGCGGAAUAUUUGAUAUCGCCAUCUCUUAAUUGAUCCUUAGACCUUAUUCCAGAAAAUCAAGGCGACGUUUCACCUUUCACCAUAAAUUAACAUGAGGGCUGACAAACAAAUAUUAAUGGUAUACAUGGCAAGAGAACACGGAUAUACCUUCUGUUAGCACUGGUUCAGAAACAAGAUCUAUUGUACCUAAAAAAAAAUUGAAUCUGAAAUAUUGAAACCAAAUUUACUUUUAUCACCAAUUUCAGUGAUUGGUAGCUUUACAAGUGUGAUUUGGGUAUCAUAUAACUACAGCUCCUGCUUCUGCCCUAGUUUCUGACAGAGGAGGACAAUCCGACCAAGUAUUUGUAUAAGGAUCAAAACAUUCCACAGCGGAUAUGGUGCAUUGGGCUCUGUAGAAUGGAGUUGCGUGAAUUUGUGCUCCGCCUGAAAAAUAUUAAUUGA